AUGGAUUUUCUUGGAAUUUUUCUUGUAUCUUCUCUUGCCAUGAUGAAGACAAUUCAUGGAUAUGAAGGUGGAUGGUCUGAUGCUCACGCUACCUUCUAUGGGGGAGGUGAUGCUUCUGGUACAAUGGGGGGAGCAUGUGGCUAUGGAAAUCUUUACAGCCAAGGUUACGGCACAAGCACUGCUGCAUUGAGUACUACUCUAUUCAACCAAGGACUGACUUGUGGAGCAUGCUUUGAGAUCAAAUGUGUCGAUGACAAUAGGCGGUGUCUCCCAGGAUCCAUCAUAGUCACAGCAACAAACUUCUGCCCUCCAAACAAUGCUCUCCCAAAUAAUGCAGGAGGGUGGUGUAACCCUCCUUUAAGGCACUUUGAUCUCUCCCGACCUGUUUUCCAACAUAUUGCUCUUUAUAAAGCAGGAAUAGUGCCUGUUCAAUACAGAAGGGUUGCUUGUAGGAAAUCUGGUGGGAUCAGGUUUACUAUAAAUGGCCAUUCUUACUUCAACCUUGUGCUGAUAACCAAUGUUGGAGGUGCUGGAGAUGUGGUGUCUGUCUCCAUCAAAGGGUCUACGACUGGUUGGCAAGUGAUGUCUCGCAAUUGGGGCCAAAACUGGCAGAGCAACUCUUACAUGGAUGGUCAAGCUCUCUCUUUUAAGGUCACAACAAGUGAUGGCCUCUCUGUCAUCUCCAACAAUGUGGCUCCUCCCAAUUGGGCAUUUGGCCAAACUUACACAGGAGGACAAUUCUAAUUGUUUCAUCUGAUCAACCCAAAACUAACCAAAACCACAUUAAAAAUUUGAGUCAACCCAACAAGUCCAAAUCCCUAAGGCUAUUAACCAAGUAUUUUUUUUUUCUAGUUAGAUGUAUCUGAUAUUUAAAUAUUAUUAUUAUUAUAGUGCUAUAGGAUUGUCAUAGAAGGUCAAAGUUGUCAUCAUGGGGUCCUUUUAAAAAUGCCCUGCAUGCUGCUGUUAUUGUGUUUCUUUUUCUGUUUUUUCUUCUACCAAAAGUUUUGGGGAUGAAUGUUUGUGGUGGAUCGAUGGGAAAGAUUCAUCAGAAAUUGAUAGAAGUUUGUGUGAAUUUGGUCUCUAUGGGGCAUAUAGAGCCCUAUUCAAUCAUUAGACUCAAAGUUUAAGAGUAUUCUUAGUUGUUGUCUGAGGUUAAGUAUUUCUAUGGCUUUUCCAGCCAGGAUUAGCAGUUUUCAUGUAAUCUUUUGGAGUGGAAUGUACUUUAAAUAAAGAGAGUGAGCUCCUCUCUUUGUUACUGAUGUUUGAAUAUUCAAGAA